AGGGGUGGGCGUUCUAGGCGGGAGCCGCCUUUGCUUAGUGCUUUGGACUGGUCGCUGUCCCCAGAUCGUUCUGGUGUCACUGAUAACUGCUUAGUGCCAGUGUCGGGGUCCUGUGUUCACGGACCUUGUAUCGUCAAGGGUCUUGUUCGCUUCCUGCACGGCUCCAGCCUCGGCGUCCGCUCAGCAGCCGGCGUCGCCCGUGGCGCCGCCGCCUGAGUGGCAGGCCGCCGCGGACCGCGGAGCCCAUGAAGGCGCGGGCUCCGCCGCCGCACUUGCGGCGUUGCUGGUGUCUUGGAGCUACCCGAACCUGCCCGGGCAUGACGGCGGCAUGAGCACGGACGGGGAGUCUUCGGAGGAGCCGGGGUGGAAGGCGGUGGCCUCACCCAAGGCGUCAGCCAUGCCUGAGAAGCGCGGGAGCUCUCAGGCCGCGAGCGGCAGCUGGCUACAAGGCUUUGGCCAACCAAGUGUUUUCCAUGCUGCUAUUGUCAUCUUCUUUGAAUUCUUUGCGUGGGGCCUGUUGACAACUCCAAUGUUGACUGUAUUACAUGAAACAUUUCCUCAACACACAUUCCUCAUGAAUGGUCUCAUUCAAGGUGUAAAGGGCCUGCUCUCUUUUCUGAGUGCUCCCCUCAUAGGAGCUCUCUCAGAUGUGUUGGGCAGGAAACCCUUUCUCCUUGGCACAGUCUUCUUUACCUGCUUCCCUAUCCCACUGAUGAGGAUCAGCCCUUGGUGGUAUUUUGGCAUGAUUUCUGUAUCUGGAGUCUUCUCAGUCACUUUCUCUGUAAUAUUUGCCUAUGUAGCUGACUUCACUCAAGAGCAUGAAAGAAGUACUGCUUAUGGAUGGGUCUCAGCCACCUUUGCAGCUAGUCUGGUUAGCAGCCCAGCCAUUGGAACAUACCUCUCUGCAAAUUAUGGAGACAGCCUUGUUGUGCUGGUAGCCACAGUGGUGGCUCUCCUAGACAUCUGCUUCAUUUUGGUAGCAGUUCCAGAAUCUCUACCAGACAAAAUUAGACCUGCUUCCUGGGGAGCUCAGAUUUCUUGGAAACAAGCAGAUCCUUUUGCGUCAUUAAAGAAAGUUGGAAAAGAUUCUACAGUUUUACUCAUCUGCAUCACAGUGUUUCUCUCAUACCUUCCUGAAGCUGGACAGUAUUCGAGCUUUUUUCUCUAUCUCAGGCAGGUCAUAGGUUUUGGAUCUGUGAAAAUUGUAGCAUUCAUAGCUAUGGUAGGAAUUCUGUCCAUUGUGGCUCAGACAGUUUUCCUUAGCAAAUUGAUGAGCUCACUAGGGAAUAAGAAUACUGUCCUCCUUGGCUUGGGUUUCCAGAUGCUCCAACUUGCCUGGUAUGGUUUUGGAUCUCAGGCCUGGAUGAUGUGGGCAGCAGGAACUGUGGCUGCCAUGUCCAGCAUUACAUUCCCAGCAGUCAGUGCCCUCAUCUCUCGGAAUGCAGAGUCAGAUCAACAAGGGGUUGCCCAGGGGAUCGUAACAGGAAUACGAGGGCUAUGCAAUGGCCUAGGACCAGCACUGUAUGGCUUCAUAUUCUACAUGUUCCAUGUUGAACUGAACGAGUUGGGCCCAGAAUUGAAUUCUGAUGAUGAUCCCUUACAGGGAGCUUUCAUCCCAGGCCCGCCAUUUUUGUUUGGAGCCUGUAUAGUUCUUAUGUCUUUUCUGGUUGCCUUAUUCAUCCCCGAAUACCGUAAAACCAGUGGAGUUCAAAAACAUAACAGCAGCAUCAGUGGCAGCCCAAGCACCCUGCCUGAACGGGGCAGUGAUGAGGACAUUGAGCCAUUACUGCAAGACAGCAGCAUCUGGGAGCUCUCCUUUGAAGAGCCUGGAAAUCAGUGCACUGAACUAUAACCCAGCAGUAAGGGAGAUUCUGCAGACACCAUCUCUGAGAGCCAUGGAGGAAGCUGCACCACCUGGAGACUUCAUGGUGCUGGAGGGUCAAUGCUAGCAGCAUCCUUUGGGCCAAGUUUCAUAAGUUACUCUUCUCAUGCCUGUGCCCUUCACUCUCCUGCCUCUUCCUGCUUCUUUACUCCUAUUCUUUUCCUUCCUGUUUAUAUAUUCUAAGAAAGAUUGAAAA